AUGUCGUCGUGCAGUCCCAUGAAGCCGGACGAUGCGUCGGAACUCGCCUCUCCGAUAUUCGUUCAGGUCGCCGACCCGUCUGAUAAGUCCUGGCGAAGUGCCGUACGCUCUCGAGCUGCUAGCGCCCGCCAUGCUGCAGCACGACGACAACGCCUUCUUAAGCACCAGCGAGAGGUUGAAAAGACCGUGGUUGGUGCCUCCUUGGACAAGUUACAGCUAGUGAGAGGCCCACAAGGCCUGCUCCGUAUACGAGCUGUCGAACCAUUUGAUAGCUUGGCCAGGCCGACCUCGCGCUUUGAGUGCUUCUUGAUGGAUCAUUAUAUCAAGCGCUUUGUCACGUACGCCACCUUCGGCAACGACGCCGAGGUCGAAGUGAUGGGUAGCACCGGCACCAAUUUGGGAUGGGUCCAUCUGGGCAUCACGGAACCGGGUUUCCUGAACGCCGUAUUCUUGUCAACCUGCCGUCACCUCGUUGAACUGGGAGCGCCUGGCGACUAUUAUACAUGGGCCCUCGAGUACAGAGAUCGUUGUAUUCGCUCAGUCAAGGCAGCGAUUUCGCAGGAAAUGCUAGCACCGAGCAUCGCCACAAUCAUUACCACCAUGGCCCUGGCUUUAGACGCUCGCAAAUUCGGAAAUUUCGAAGUUGCGAAGGAUCACUGUCGAGCGAUCAGUGUGAUGAUCCGCUUAAGGAACUCCAGCCAAGCUCCAGGCAUGUUGCAGUUGCCAAACCCCAUCAUCGCUUGGGUAGAUACCAUUACAAAUCGUAUUCAGUCACAGCCUGGCAAUCCUCCACCGCAUAUGUUGGCUUUGGAGCAUACAGACAAAGUGAGAGGUAUCGGGAUAUGA